GAUAACAACUACAUCAAUACUUUUUGAAUACAUCAUCACGUUCACUUUUAGUGUCUCGUUUACAAACUUCAACAAAUUUGUUUACUAGUUAUGGAUGAUGAGUUGUCGGAUCCUUUGAAACUUGUUGGUAGUGAGCCAGUUCAACUGAAAUUCGGCUCAACAUUUUCAGGCAAAGGUCCUGGUUUCCAUACACUACGAUAUGACUUUAAGCCUGCUAGUGUAGAUGUAAACAAACCUGCAAGUGUCGAUAUUGAUCCGUCAAAUCGGGAAGUUACUGUCACAGUACCCAAUUUUGAGGGUGCUGGUGCUGCACAUACAGUGUUCAAAGGAUCACAUAAAGAUUAUACAACAAAAGAAUGUGUACUAAUCAUUGACCACGCUACAGGUGAAAUAACGUUAGAAAAACUCACUACUAAUGUACAACUCAAAACAACUAGAAAUGCGGUUGAAAAGCCCCAAAAACCUAUUGUGAAAUUUAAUCCAGUUAUGCCGGAAAACAAUAUACCAACUACUGUAAAUAAGCAGCCAAAAAGCCAAGCUCAACCAACAAAAAAACAACCCUGUGAUGAUUUGGUACCAGCAGCUAGAGAUCUGGAACUGAGUGAGUCUUCUAGUGAUUCUGAAUCGAGUAGCUCGUCUGACAGUGAUAGUGAUGAUUCAAUAUCACCCCUACCAUCCCCCAAGAGUGAGGCUAAACAAACUACACCCACUUUUAGUACAUUUAAUUCAAAUGGCUUUAAAGAACGAUUAGUUGAUCCAGAACGUAUUUUAGAUGAAGACCUUCAACUUUCUGAAUCAGACUCCGACUGAUUACCAUUUUAUGACACAAAUACCAAAUACUAUGAAUGAAGUCCUUCAGUCUUGUGUCAACGAUGAUAUUUUUUUCAUAUAAAUAAUGUAUUUUUAAACCUACUUAAAUAUAUAUAUAUAUACAUAUAUAAAUACAAAAAUAUACCAAGUUAUCGUAAA